AUGGACACCGAAGACACGCAAUUCAAUGGCAUCGACGUCCAACAGCCUUUACAUCGACCUGAGACGGAAAGCCUUAGCAUCAUUAUCGUCGGAGCUGGUCUCGGUGGUCUCGGUGCUGCAAUAGCAUUACUCCUCGCUGGACAUGACGUACACGUCCUUGAAUCAGCAUCCCAAAUUGCAGAAGUCGGAGCUGGCAUCCAGAUCCUCCCCAACAGCGCUCGAGUCCUCAUACAAUGGGGUCUUGGCCCAAGACUAGCCAGGCUCGCCACAAUCCCGGAGAAAGUCGUCAUGCUCGGAUGGAAGGGUAACAUCAUCACAGACCACGACUUUGAAGCUGCAGCAAAAGAGUAUGGAGCUCCUUUCUGGGACUUCCACAGAGCCGACCUCCACGGCGCACUCCUUGACCGAGCACAGGAGUUGGGCGCUACCUGGCAGACCAAUUCGCGGGUCGUAGACAUCGAUACUUCACAUCCAGAUCUCGCGACCGUGACACUGGCAAGUGGAGCACGCAUGACCGCCGAUUUAGUAGUAGGCGCGGACGGCAUCUUCUCAAGAUGUAGAGAGAUAAUGCUAAGCGCACCAAGUCCUCCCACGUGUUUUUAG